CAGAAGUAGAAAAAAACCGCCACUUCAGUGAAACCUCCAGAGUAGAGCGCACAAAAUAUUUUGUUUCCAAGUUUGUUUGUUUGUUGUUAAGUCGCUAAUGGAAAGUUUCACCUCAAAUUCGCCAUCACCAAUUACUGAUGACGCUAGAAAGAUGGUUCAACGUAACGUUAAGGAAAUCGAUCGAACAAGUUCCACUCCGGUAACGCGACUUCCUCGUGAAUCAUUGGCUGGAAUCAAGAAGAAUACUGUUUCCGGAAUGGUCAACCGAUUCACACAAUUGUUGGAAUGGACAAAUAAUGAUGUCGUUGAUCGAAAGCCAGCCAUCGGUCCAGUUGGUCGUCAAGUGUCAUUCUUCACUGAUUUUAGUACCAUCAAUGAAGCGUCAGAGAAUGGCAUCGAUUCGAAAUUGAAUUCCGUUGAUAGUGGCUACGAUUCAUUUCGGCGACGUUCUCGCAGCGUUAACAGCAGUUCGAUGAACAAUGCAUCGCAAUCGCAAAGCUUAUUGGCGAAGUUUGAAAAGUAUCCGAACUUCAAGUUCAGCUAUUUGAAGUAUUUCGGAGUCGACCCCACCGAAUACUUGUCAACAUUUGGCGUCGAUUUCAAUUCCGUUUCGAAUUCUACCGAUUCCACUUGCAAGAAUUCAUCGAAUCGGAGAGCUAAUGGUGGUGACAGUGUCGUCACAAACAUUACGUUGACAAUGAGAAAACGAUCGCAGACAUUGCAUUCGAAAAGGACAUUUGAUUCCACGUCGAUAAAAGUCAGCAACUUGAAGUAUGUGGCGGUGGAGACGAGUGAACGAGAUGAGACAAAGUUAAAGAAAAGUGGACCGAAGAAGGUGGCAACGGUCGUAGAUUGUACAGAUUUUGAGGAUGUUUUCUCCACGAAGGCAGCUACGAUUCGAGAUGCUUUUUUGAAGAAAUCACUACGAUCGGUUGCUACGCAAACAUCUAAGGCCAAAAUGGAAUCUGUUGAUUCGGAUGUUGGUAAAUCAGUGCGAUCAGCUGUUACGCAGACACCUAAGGCCAAAAUGGAAUCUGUUGAUUCGGAUGUUGUUUCGUUACCUGGCAAAAUAUCUCCGGAUCGACGAUCAAAAGCUCUGAAAAAAACUACGGUCGACAAUGACCUCAAAUCGCGUAUUCAGGGUUCAAUCGAAUCAUACGACAGCAUACUGAAAUCUUUACGUGACGGUGGUAUUCGCAACAAGAAGCGCACCGCGUCCGAAGCAAAAUAAGGAGAAUGCGGCCACGGGCAACUGUAGAUUUGUCAUAAUUUGCCGAUCGUCUUGUAGUGUGUAAGUUAGUCUUCAUGUUUGUUACUUUUGGCGGACGUUCAGUCGUUUGGGUUUAUCAAUUUUUUUUCUCUUUAUUUAGUAAGCUAAUGUCCUUCUAUUGUUUCUUUACCGCAUCAUCAAAUGUUUUGUAAAAAAAAAUAUUGGCAAUAAAUUGAGCCUGUGAAAAGACA